AUGGGGGACUGGGGAAACAACAACAACAGCAACUGGGGGUCAGGCGGAGGCAACGAUUCUGGAUGGAAUCAGCCCAUCGUCACUUGUGGUGCCUGCAGCCAGGAAGGCAGCCAUGAGGAGGCCAAUUGCCCGAACAAGCAUAUGGAAGCUGGUGAUGGCGGAGUCAAUGACAAGUGCUUCAACUGCGGUGAAACCGGGCAUCGUGUCGCCGACUGCCCUACACCUCGAGACACGGCUUGUCGGUAUUGCAAACAGGAGGGACAUGUCAUUCGGGACUGUCCCGACAAGCCACCUAUGGUUUGUGACAACUGCGGUCAGGAGGGCCACAUGCGUAAAACCUGCGAAAAUGCGCGAGUCAUCAACAGGGACCAUAUCGCAGAUGUCGAGCCUCAGGAGGCGAUUGCCAAGAUGAAGACUGCGUGCUCCGAACGAGAUGUGGACGAUGCCAAGGAAGCUGUUCAGGAGUACGUCAAGGCAGUCGGAGGGGACGUUACCUAUCGUGAGCUGCAGUCCAAGUUCAUUGAAGAAGGUGUCAAUCUCUGGCUCAUUGCUGCAGAGCGCCAGCUCGUCAACGUCUUCACCAACAUGGACUUGCAGGGCAACACUGGCAAAAAGUAUUCCAUCUCGUACCGGUUCUCGGAGAAACCUGAGCGGCCCCGUGAAGCAGAGUCAUUCCCAAAGAGUCGGGAGGAGCUUCUGGAGAGGCUUGACGAUGCUGGGGAGGUGGUCGACAGUGGAUUGCGAAAGUGCACCAACUGCGGCGAACUAGGACACAUCAGCAAGUUUUGCACUCAGGAGAAGGCCGAGAAGAGUACGGCGCCAGUCAUCUCUUGCCACAACUGUGGUGCUGAAGGCCACCGUAUUCGCGAUUGUCCUGAACCACGGGUUGACAAGUUUGCAUGCCGAAACUGCGGAAAAUCCGGACACAGAGCGUCCGAGUGCGAAGAACCGCCCAACCUGGACAAUAUGGAAUGCCGCAAGUGCGGUGAAAAGGGCCACAUGGGUAAAGAUUGUCCACAGGGGGGUGGCCGAGCCUGUCGCAAUUGCGGCCAGGAAGGCCAUAUAGCCAAAGAGUGCGACCAGCCUCAGAACAUGGACAAUGUUACCUGCCGCAACUGCGAGAAGAAUGGCCAUUUCAGCCGUGACUGCCCCGAACCUAAAGAUUGGAGCAAAGUGCAGUGUUCCAACUGUCAAAAGUACGGACACACCAAAGUCCGCUGCAAGGAGCCCCUUGUUGCCGAGGAUGAUGGUGGUUUCCCCGAUGCUACUGAAAAUGCGUCAGCAGCACCUGCUGAUUCCCCAUGGCCAAGUGGCGAUGGAGGCGGCCAAUCCAACGGAUUUACAGUCGAGAAUGGUGGAUGGUAA